GCUGGCUCCGCCCUAUUCCCCGGUCCUCCCUGCCUCUCCCGCGCAGACCCGUUCGAUCUCGGCACAGCGCGCCUGCGGAUACGCAGACCGCCGGGCCAUGGAGACGCGGGAGCGGCGGCCGCAGCUCCUCUGGCUGCUGCUGCUCUGCGGCACGUGUGCCCGCGUGUGCUGCUGCAACGAGACCCGGAUGCUGGAGAGGCUGCCCCGCUGCGGCAAGACCUUCGCUGAGAGGAUGCGUGAGGUGGCCGUCUGGAAGUGGUGUGACCUGUCCCAGUUCAUAGUGUUCUACGAGAGCUUCACCAACUGCACUGAGGAGGAGACCGUUGUCGUGGGCUGCUACUGGCCCAACCCGCUGGCCCAGGGCUUCAUCACUGGUGUCCACCGGCAGUUCUUCUCCAAUUGCUCGGUGGACAGGCCCCACUGGGAGGACCCCCCCGAUGAGGUGCUCAUCCCGCUGAUUGCGGUGCCCGUCCUGCUGACCGUGGCCAUGGCUGGCUUGGUGGUGUGGCGCAGCAAGCGGACGGACCAGAUGCCAUGACCGAGCCUGGCUUGCCGGAACAACGUCCCUGGGCCCUCGAGAGCUGUGGAUGUCCUCGCUGUCCGUCCCACCCGGUCAUGGCAGACUCCUUCCUGCCCAGGCCGGCACGGCCCCUAGAGGCAAGCUGGCUGGGGGCCCAUGCUUGCUCUUAAGUUAGAGCUCGUGAGCCGAGCUUCAUGUUGUUUGCUGCUGAGCGCUGCACUCCCUAUGCUGGGUCCCUGGUCCCAACCAUUUCACAGCAGAGUCUUGGCCCUGGCUCAUGUCACCUCCUGCUGCAGCCCUGCCCACACCCCGGGGAGAUGGACAGGCCUGGUGUGACCCACCAGUCUGCCUCACCCCUGGGCUGGAGUGGGGAAGCUGGCCAUCCCAGGCCUCCCAGUGCCCUCUGGAGUCUGUGGUCCCGUGCUGUGCCUGCUCUGCCUGUCCCUCCUCCAAGUAAAGUGUCCAAACCUUUA